UAGAAACCAAAGAUUUUGUUAUGUCCCUACUUUGUUCUGUACGACUCUCACCAGAGUCCUUUAUAAUCUGGGCUGCAACAUUUGCUAAUGGUUUGUGCUUUAGUGUUUUAACGAGUUCAUUGUCAGGCCAGAAACCUAGACAAAAAUCUACGUCAGACAUCUCCAUAACAAUUCUGCAACACCUGUAAUCUAUACCUUUUUUUUUUGGCGGGGAUUUUCUUAACUCGUCAGAUAAUGGAUUAUCGGGUCAAGAUUAGGGCUCAGAGUCGUGUGAAAAUUUCCACAAUAUAUCAACCCCAGCACAGCGAUGUAGUGCAGUAUUGUUUCGGUUGCAGCAGUUAAAGCUUCGACGAAAGAAAAUGUUCCUUCGGCAGGUUACGCAUUUUGGCGUGUUGUGUUUGUUCCUUCCCUUUGCAAUGUUUCAUCCACUAGCGAUAUCGCGGGAAGGAUCCGUACUGGAUCAACCGGCGGACGUGUUGGGUGAUAACUUCGAGGGUGACAUAAUGCUCUCGGAGGAGCAGCUUGCAGAGAUGAAGAAACGUACCGGCAUGUACCUGCCCACGUUUAUCUGGGAAGUAGGCACAGUACCCUAUCAAAUAGUGUCGACGGACUUUACAUUCGAACAGACGACCGCGAUUGAAAGUGCGAUGCGUACAAUCGAGCAAAACACCUGCAUACGUUUCGUUCCGGCCACUGGCACAACCGUCGAUUACAUUCAAAUCUCUGCCGGAACCGGCUGUUCGUCCUUUGUCGGACGUAUCCGAGGUGUCCAGGCACUGAGACUGCAACCGAGUGCCGUUGGUACCGGGUGCUUCACGCACGGUACGAUCGUCCACGAACUGAUCCACGCACUCGGCUUCUAUCACAUGCAGAGUGCCACUGAGCGUGAUCAGUACGUGAACAUUUUGUGGGAAAACAUCACACCGGGACAGGAAAGUAACUUCCAGUCGUACGGUACUGAUCGCAUCAUGAACUAUGGAGUCGCUUAUGACUAUAGCAGCGUUAUGCACUACAACACUCACGCAUUCAGUGCCAACGGACAACCGACGAUACUGCCGAAGGAGCCUAAUGUGGCGAUUGGACAGCGUGACGCAAUGAGUCCGGGCGACAUCCAACGCAUCCGAAACAUGUACCAAUGCUGAAAUGGAACGCUUCAAUGGUGUGUUGUGACCCGGAAACGACAGAAAUAAACCAUUUACUUUAGUUAUGCAUGCAGAACUUUUAAUGUACGAUAGAUUCAGUUUUCUCAGGGAUUCGCCCAUAGAAUUGGAACCCAUGUUUUGUUGGGUCGUUCCAAUUGGGAAAAUCAACAGAAAAGAAACUUGAAUUUAAAUGUUAGGAUAAGAAAUCUCUGCGAAAUAAAUACUGAGUUCAAUUUCAAUUUCUAUUGCUUAUUUGCCGUCUAUUGAUCUAUUGAAGGGCGAUCCGCAUGCACAAUCGAGCACCAUCGUUUAACAUUCGUCGUCAUUUUAUACCAUUAUGUGGAAACUUUGGAUCUUCUGUCCGUGGUGAAAAAGACCUUUAAAGUCUUUACGACUUUACGACAUUACGAAUUCGGAUGGUGUUAAUGGCAAGACCAAUCUACCAAUGUUUGACGAAUCUUAUUCUUGACGGCGAUCAGUAUCAGAACUAGUACACUGCACUUGCUCCUUCAUCGUCCAUCGACAUAUACUCUAGAUUCUUUU